AUGAUGUUCAAAGCAAAUGCGAAAGACCAAAACUCACAACGCUUGAAAACAGAAACUGAUGAAAAUGCCCCUGGCGAUCAACACCGGGACGUCGCAGAUGCACAGCCCAGCCCACGCUCACCUCCCAAUCCAGUAUCCCAGCAUUCCAUUCUGCUGCAUCACCACCUCGGCGAUCUCCGCAUCCGUCAUGGUCUCCUGCUCGUGCACUGCGAACCACGCGCUCCCAGGGACAAGCCAGUACAUCUGGCCCCUGGCCAGCAUGCUCGCGCCAGCAAGCUCAUCCAGACCACUCUCACCACCACCACCUCCGACAGACCCCAGCCCCAAGCCCAGGGACGAGGCCGACGAGGGCAGGAAAGUCGACCCCCACAUGCUCGUCAUCUCGAACCACAGGCCCGCGCGGCUCUCGGCGUCGAGCGACCGCGCGAGGUAGAAGAUGGGCGUGUACGACCGGUCCGACCUCGGGGUGAAGCGAGCGCGGAAACUACUCCCUGCGCCAUCACGCCCACCACCACUGCCACCGCCACUUCUGCUGCUACCGCUACCGCCACGGCUACUCCCGCUCCGACUGCUGCUGCUGCUAGCCCCCGAGGACCCGACGCUGCUGCUGCUGCUGGGAUCCCGCAGCGUCUUGCCCGCCUGCGAGAAGUAGCCCAGGCACGAGGAGCAGGGCUUGUGGCUCAUCAGCAGGGCGUCGACGAUCGGCGCGCUGAAGAGGCCAAUGUGCUUGGCGGCCAGGGCGAUGGGCUGACCCGACAUGGUCUUGAGCCGGAACGAGGGCAGCUCGACGAGGAUGAACUGCGGCAUGGUGGAAGGGUGGGUGCCGGGGGCCGGGAAGUAGAAGUUGUCCAGUUUGGCGGGUUUUUUUGUCGUCUUUCCGGAGACAAAGGGGAUGGGGCAAAUGCAGAAGAAGAGUUGCUGGGCUAGAUAAGGAUAUUGGUGAUUCUGGGUCGGGCUUCGAGAGGGCGUGUUCUGAGCUUCGGCGUCUUGCUGUGUAUCGUACCCUUUGCUUGGAAGUGGCUAUCUGUAACUCAACGUCUGCUCAUUCCGGU